AUGAACCGCUACAAGGUACUCAAGACGCUGGGAGAUGGGACAUAUGGCUCCGUUCUGAAAGCCCAGAACAAGCAGACCAACGAAUGGGUGGCAAUCAAGAAAAUGAAGCAGAAGUACUACAGUUGGGAUGAGUGUAUGAAGCUUCGUGAAAUCGCAUCACUGCGGAAGCUCAUACAUCCCAACAUAGUGAAGCUGAAGGAGGUCAUCCGAGAAAAUGAUGAGCUUCAUCUAGUGUUCGAGUUCAUGGAGGCGAACUUGUACGAAUUCAUGAAAUCCAGAGUUCGUGCAAUUCCAGAGAGCAAGGUCCGAAACAUCAUGUUUCAGACCAUGCAGUCUAUGAACUAUGUGCACAAACAUGGAUACUUUCACCGAGACAUGAAGCCAGAGAACUUGCUGGUUAGUGGGGACACGGUCAAACUUGCGGAUUUUGGCCUGGCGCGUGAAAUCAGAGCGCGCCCCCCAUUCACGGAAUAUGUCUCAACUCGGUGGUACCGGGCACCCGAGGUGCUGUUGCGUAGCUCCGUCUACAACUCCCCGCUGGACAUCUGGGCCUGCGGUGGCAUCAUGGCAGAGCUUUACACGCUGAGGCCACUAUUUCCAGGCGCAUCCGAGAGCGAUCAGCUCUACAAGAUAUGUAGCGUGCUGGGCACCCCGACUACUGUCAGCUGGCCAGAUGGGUUUAAGUUGGCAGCGCAGUUGGGCUAUCGGUUUCCACAGUUCGUGCCUACAAGGCUGGAGACCCUCGUGCCGCAAGCCAAUGCGGACGGCAUCCAGCUCAUGCAGGCAAUGAUGCAGUGGGACCCGAACCGGCGGCACUCAGCGUCGAGGGUCCUUCACCAUCCAUACUUCGAGGCAGAUGCUCUCAACGAAACUGUCUGA